AUGGGAAAGGGCUACAAAAUAGUGAUUUGUGGAAUGGCAUCAGUGGGAAAAACAGCAAUUUUGGAGCAGCUUCUCUAUGGAAAACAUACUGUUGGUUUAGAAGAGGGUGCAACAGUGGAAGAUGUGUAUUUGGCUUCAGUCGAAACAGAUCGUGGGGUAAAGGAACAGUUACGUCUCUAUGACACUACAGGUCUGCAAGAGGGAGUAGAGUUUCCAAAGCAUUACUUCUCAGUUGCUGAUGGUUUUGUUCUUGUGUAUGCUGUGAACAGCCUUGAAUCCUUCCAGAGAGCAGAAGUGAUCAAAAAAGAGAUUGACACAGUCAGAGACAAAAAGGAGGUGACAAUUGUUGUCUUAGGAAACAAAACUGACCUCACAGAGCAAAGACAAGUGGAAACAGAAAUAGCGCAGCAAUGGGCAAAGGCUGAGAAGGUGAGACUGUGGGAGGUGACAGUGACAGAUCGGAAAACGCUCAUUGAACCUUUCACUUCGUUAGCCAGCAAGCUUUCCCAAGCCCAGAACAAGUCAGCAUUUCCCUUGCCUGGGAGGAAGAGCAAAGGCAAUAACUGUGAUAACUAA